AUUUGCGGAAGGAAUUAAGCGCCACGUGACAGCCUUAGACUGCUCGACAGCAAUCCACCAUCACGCAAUCAACAGCAUUCGCCUUCAGUUCGACCAAAACCAUUCGAUGACUAGCUAGCUUGAUAAGUCAGGAAGAGACAAAGAUCCACAAUAGCAUUGGAAUCAGUGUAGUUUGGGAGUCUCCUGUUUGGUUUGAACAGCCCCAGGCUCUGUGAGAAGGGGCAUCUCAAUCACAGAGGGCUGAGGAGGUCUCGUGGUGGGGGUUCUCUACCGGUACUACUGUAGCAGUCGCUGUUGCCGUUGGCGCCAUGGAGAAGGGCUCCACUGCAGGUGGCGGUGGAAAGGGCAACUCGUCUCGAAACCGCAAGUCGAAGAACAAACGCUCGAGGCGCAAGGGCGACAAUUCACGUAGAAAUGCAGGAGGAAACAACAACAGCAGUGGGAACAACAACAAUAACAAUGGCAAGGGAGGUGGCGGAAACAAGAAGCGUAGCAAGGGACCACCCACACCGCCUCAGACCAAGAUUGUCAUUCGCAAUAUUGGAGACAAUACUAAGCAUGGUUCUGUCAAGGAUGUGAUUGCCUUGAUUCGAAUCUUUUUGGAGGGAGCCAACCAGAAACUAGCUGCCUUGAGCUCAAAGACAAUCCAACUAGAUGAAGCUGCUGCUGCUACGCUCAUUAUGGAAGCAGAGGCUUUGUUGAAAGCUCAGGCAGAAGCCAAAAAGUCGGAAGGAAAUAAAGAAGAAAGUGAGUCUGUCAACGAGGAAAAGGAGGAAAUGCCAAAAGAGGAACGGGCCGUGGAAGAGGAGCCCAAAAAUGCCAAGGGAGCUGCUAGUACUACCACUGCCACUGAUGGAUCGGUUUCAGUGGCCGACAACAUGGCGGCAAGCCUUGGGGCACGCAUCAUUUAUCUAAUCCCACCCAAACAAACUCGGCGCCGUGGAGUCAAACCUGGAUGUGUCUAUCUGGUCAUUUCAGGUCCUCGCAUUGAACCUAAAGAUCCACCUACCAUGGCGGAUUCCUCUAAUCAUUCCAACACCAAACAACCAAAGGAAGAGAAGAAAGAGGCAAGCAACGGAGAAGAAGAAGCAGAAGUUGAUGGAUCAGAUACCAAGAAAGACGGAGAUGCCGAUGAAAAACAGACCGAGGAGGAGGGCGACAAUCUUAACGGCAGCAACGAAGACAAUCAAGCUAACAAUCCUGAACCCACCGGCGAUGGCGAGAAUCACGUGGUGAUUGUGGACCCUGCCACGGAAAAGAAAUCCAACAACAAUAAAAAUGCUACAACAACCACCAGUCCUGCUGCUGACUACUCUCGUGAAGUUGCCAAAGGACGCUUCCUGGUCACUCAGGCCAUUGGUGUCAUGGAAGAGCAUGCCAUGGAAGAUGCCAAAGCUGAACAGAAAUAUUCCGGAUGUGUGGUAGAAGUAGCCAUGAGUGGCAAAACAUACAAGCAAAACUUUCCUCGACGUGAUCGUCGCGAAGGAACGCUCGAAUCCACAGCAGACUACAAACAGUUCAUGGAAAAGAUUGCUAAAGACAAGGAGGAAAUCAUGGCAAGACCCAAACCGGCGCCGGGUGGGGGCACCACAACUGUUGCUGUCGCCGCAGCUACCGGUACUGGUACAACCGAAACAGCCGCCGAAGGCAACCAGCAAAUUGCUGCACUUGUGGAGCACAUUCGAAGUAAACGCGCGGAGGCGUCCAAGCGAAAGAAAGCCAAAAAGAAGGCUAAGGAAACGGCUAACAAAGAGAAGGGUGGCAGCAACGCAAACAACAAUGCGAGCAGUGGCAAGUCGUCGAGGAAGAAAAAGGGCAAAGAUGGAACUGGAGAAGAGGGAGGCAAAAAGGGACGAGGCAAGAAGGAGGGAAAGAAAAGUAGGAAAUCAGGCAAGAAGAAGAAUGCCAAAACCAUGGCCACUCCAACGGCUUUGCUAAAGCCUGCAGCUCAACAACCAGCAGCAGCGAACGGUGUGGCGGGUGGUGGAUUCCAAGGCUACGGGUAAGGGCUUUUUGUUUUAUUGAAAGGGGUUACUGUUUGGCACAGAACAAGCACACGAACAACGAACAACCAUAAAUCGAAGGAAGUGUUUGUCAAGUGCAAUGACUGUACAAGCGUGCCACGGGCGGGAUCGGUUCCAGUGUUUCUGUUUUUGUUUGCACAGAGCGACCAUACAGUGUAUAUGGCCUGACACAGCAACCAUCGAGCCUUUCUCCGUUUCGUGCGCGCGAGAAAAUGAAGAAAAUGCCCCCUACAAAUGAUGAGCACCUAGGCCAAGAAGCCCAAUCUGCUUAUCACGCCGAGAACUAAUGAUACGUAUAUGAUGAUCUAAUGCCAUUCAAUGGUGAAUGGUUGAAUGGUAGUGCUGCUUGCUCCCGCACGAUUAUGAUGGAUGAGAGCGAGCAGUACCCAAGUGUUGCAAAUCAGAGAUGUUUGGAACGACUGGCUAAACGCUGGGCUGUGAUAUCGAGAUAGUUGGAGAGAUGUUUCUGUCACAGAUGCAACAGUGAUUUUAGCGGUAGAUAACCUAGAUUUCUGAUUUCC